UAAAAUAAUAGGAAUUAUGGUAAUAAUAUAUUUUUAGGAAAAAUUAUGGUAACAACAUAAUAAGUAAAUACGGAGUAAUUAGAAUAAAGAAACUAAAUAAUACGGUGUAAUAAAAUACUACUCGUAUUUCUUAUCAUUACUAAUAUGGAGCCGCGCAAGCUGAUUAGCAGAAAUGAUAAGCGGGUUGAAACACAAGUUGAUGAUGGGAUCUGGACAUGGACUGACUGGGGGAAUAUAUUAGAUUGGUCGGGGAUCUGCUUGGAACGGAACGGAAGAUCUGGGAUCUUGCUUGGAAAGAAAGAUCUCGAGAAGAAGAUGGCUGAUGAUGAUCAAGUUUUGCAAGAGCGUGAUGAUGAUGCGUUUGUAUAUAGGUAGAGACGAGGCGAUAGGGAUCGUUUAAUUGUGAUGCAUAGGUACUAUUGUUCUGAGCGACCUUUGCCAUGGCGGGUGCGCUCCCAUGGCAGGUCAACCAUCUGAAUAAAGUACUGGUUUUUGGUUUUGGAGGGGAGAUGGUACGUGGUUUCCCGGCUCUCCCUUCCUUGUGUCGUGUGUGCCUCCAUCUUCUCUUCUUUCUCUCUUUUUCUUUUUAUUUCUUCCGGAUCUGCACCCAAGAAUCAUUAUGAAACAUCACCGAUAUGAAAGAAUGAAUUGUUAUUGGACUGGCGAGGAAGAUGCAUGUUGCGUACGAGUAAACGACCAAGAGCUGACUGCUAAGGUAUUUGCACUUCUUAACACCGCUAAAAGGUACUCUAAAAUUUGACCCUCUUCUCGAUUGGUUCUUUAAAUUCAUCAUUACUGAACUUCUUUUCGUGACUUUUUCAUUAAGCACAUAAAACUCACUAAGAAUAUCAUCAACACAGCAGAAUUGUUGCUAGUCUCCUUUAUGGAGUAAUAUUGUCAUUCUAAUAAUCUCUAUGCUGGUAAAUAUCAUUGAGGUAUUACUGAGAUGUACGGAGUAACAUAUAAUCUUGCAUUCAAUUAUUAUUGAGAUUAUGGGCUUAGCAUGUUAUAUAUUAAAAUCAUUGUCUCUUGUAAUUAUAUGGAGAACUUUCUUAUUUUGAUUUGAUUAUGAUUACUUUUGAGGACAUUCAUUGGAGUAGAUGGUCCUUGCAUAAUUUAUGACUUUUUUGUGAUUGUGUAUACCAUCUGGGUUAUAGAAGAUUGUAAUUAUGUCCAUUCAAAUAUGAUGUUAUAAACUGGAUUGGAAAAUAAAUGUAGCAACUUUGAAGUCUUAUGCAGCUUGCACCCUCAUUCAAUUUGGCUUGGUGAAAGAACAUUGUGUACCCUUGUGACCAGGACUGGCU